UUCCCCCUGUGACAAGCUCAGCUCAGCGCAGCGCAAGAUGGAGUACCAGGGACAGCAGCAGCGCGGCCGCGUCGACGAGUACGGCAACCCGGUGGCCGGACAUGGCGUCGGCACCGGCAUGGAGACGCACGGCGGCGUCGGCACCGGCGCGGCCGCCGGUGGGCAUUUCCAGCCCAUGAGGGACGAGCACCAGACCGGCCGUGGGAUCCUGCACCGCUCCGGCAGCUCCAGCUCCAGCUCGUCUGAGGAUGAUGGCAUGGGCGGGAGGAGGAAGAAGGGCAUCAAGGAGAAGAUCAAGGAGAAGCUCCCCGGUGGCCACGGUGACCAGCAGCACACCGGUGGCACCUACGGACAGCAGGGUACUGGCAUGGUCGGCACCGGCGGCACCUACGGGCAGAAGGGUCACACUGGGAUGACCGGCACCGGCGGCACCUACGGGCAGCAGGGUCACACUGGGAUGACCGGCACCGGCGGCACCUACGGGCAGCAGGGCCACACUGGGAUGACCGGCACCGGCGGCACCUACGGACAGCAAGGCCACACCGGGAUGGCCGGCACCGGGGCGCAUGGCACCACGGCCACUGGUGGCACCUACGGGCAGCCGGGCCACACCGGGAUGACAGGCACGGGGGCGCACGGCACCGGAGGCACCUACGGGCAGCACGGCACUGACACCGGCGAGAAGAAGGGCAUCAUGGACAAGAUCAAGGAGAAGCUCCCAGGCCAGCACUGAGCGCUGAGGAGAGCCUGCGGCCGCCACUUCUGAGAGUGGAGGUGCCGGUCGACCACCGUUGCAGAAUCAAUAAUAAGAUCGCGGUACGAUACAAUAAAAUUCCACCAUACAACGUGAGCCUAGUUCACCUAGCUCACUUGCGUGUUGGAGGAGCCAGUGUAUCUAGGCUCAAGUUUACGUGAACAAACAGUGUUUUGAGUUUUUCGUCUGUUUAUUACACUGUAUAAUCUUGUAAGUUUCCUGUGGUUAAACCCUGUAUGUACGCUUUACGGUAUGGUCCUCGCGUACAGGUUAGUUCUUUAUCAAAUAAAUAAUACCGUCUUAAGAGUAGCUUAAGAGCGUCAUAUGUCUUUUCUUUUU